UUAUCGUUAGUUUCAGCUCGUAUAUCGUCCGUGUGGCAACACUCUGUGGUUCCUCCUCGAACUCGAUAGCAAUUUUCAUUCAGUGUAUUUAUUAUUUGUGUACCGUUCUAACGCCAGGACUCCUCAGACAGUUCAAAUUUACCCAGCAUGGUUUAUCUUUGCAAUAACAAUCAGAAAGUUUAAGCGGAGAUACCUCAAGUUCUUUCGUCUACGAAAGAUUUUACGGGAGAUUAGGGUUCGAUCCGCGAACAAAACCGAUAACCCGAUCAACGAAGUAACAUUAAUUGGAAAUUUCCAUCUUGCUAUCUCGAUACCUUGACUUUAAACACUUUGAUUGCCAUUAGAUACUAGCCCGCGACGAGUUUCCGAGUUUUUCAAAUAGCAAAGGAUCGAUUUUACGAGUUCGUGGAACGGUAAAAGCAGCCGAUUCGUCUUUAUCGCUCAAUUUUUCGCCCCAAGUAUCCGUAGAUAUUUUCACUUUCUUCGGUCGUUGCAUUCGCGAUAGCCGUAACAAACGAUAAAAUAGAACGAUAAAGGAAGAAUGCCAUUCGUUGAACGUAGGAUAAUAGAAUUUACUUAAUUGUACCGAUUGUAACGUCAUCGUCGGUUACGCGAUUUGUCAUGAAUCCGACUUAAAAUUAAUUCCCUGUCUCGACAUAUUUUGUUACCGUUAUUGCUAUUAACCCAUUAUAUCACACAUCGACGUUUAUAUAACGUUCGACGUUUUAUCAGGGACACGUCUCCGCACAAAAGACCUAUCAAAAUCCAAGGGUGGAGGAUUCUAUGAUUAGACAACGUAUUGGCCUUGCCGUAAUAUAGCCGACCUCUCGCCGCUGUAAUAUUUGCCGAAGAAAAACCGCACGAAAUCCGUGCUUACCCAUUUACUGCCAUAAUCGUAUUUUACGUGUGAUAAUCAGGGUAUCAGGCGGUGAUGAUUUAACGUGAUUUGCAGCAUAUCGUUCAACGAUCCGAUAGAUCGUAAAUCUAUCAGGCUGGAUCGUGGUGGGACUCAGCCUCCAAGUAGAUAGAAAAGUGUGGCACGUUUUAAUUCGAUUCUUCAUUCUCCGAUGUCUCACGGUCAGAUCUCGAGCGAGAUGAGUUUCCAAUCGUUGAUCGCCAAUUCGAAAGAUCUACGAAACAGCGAUGGAUCAGAUUACAUCGUCAAUUUCCAUCACAUUCCCUGUCCGAGGUAUGACGAAGCUUACAAGGAAUCCUUGGAGAAUCCUGAACGCUUUUGGGGAAAGGUCGCGCAGUGCAUAGAUUGGAGCAAACCUUGGGAGAAGGUGCUGGAUAACUCUAAACAGCCGUUUACGAAAUGGUUCGUAGGCGGAGAAUUGAACGCCUGUUACAACGCGGUGGAUCGACACGUUCUCGCUGGAAAUGGGAACAAAGUGGCAUUGAUUCACGACAGUCCUCAAACAUCAACGAUUCGCAAAGUAACAUACAACGAGCUUUUAGACAAAACGUCCUUGUUGGCUGGGGCGUUGGCCGAUAUGGGCGUGGGCAAGGGCGACACGGUGAUCAUCUACAUGCCCUUGAUUCCCGAAACUAUAAUAGCGAUUUUGGCGACUACGCGACUCGGCGCGGUUCAUUCCGUCGUAUUUGGCGGUUUCGCGGCGAACGAAUUGGCCAUCAGAAUAAAUCACGCGAAGCCGAAGGUAGUGAUCGCGGCCAGCUGUGGCCUGGAACCGUCGAAAAUCGUCAAAUACACCGAUAUGUUAAACGGCGCAAUGAAGAUCAUCUCGGUAAAGAGGCCACGAUGCAUCGUAUUUCAAAGAAGGAACAUCUGGCAGAGUGCUCUUUUGGAAGAUCAGUACGAUUGGGACGACGUGAUGGAUAGAUCGAAAUCUCAUCCGUGUCAGCCUGUCGAGGCAAACGCACCAUUGUACAUUCUGUACACCUCGGGAACAACGGGUCAACCGAAAGGAAUUCUGAGAUCAGUCGGUGGCCAUUUGGUUGCCGUUUGUUGGACGAUGAAAACAGUUUAUGGUAUGGACAAGGAUUCCGUUUGGUGGGUAGCCUCGGAUAUGGGAUGGGUGGUUGGACAUUCUUACAUUUGUUACGGACCUCUGCUCUAUGGUGCCACCAGCGUGAUGUACGAGGGAAAACCCGAUAGGACACCGGAUGCAGCACAAUACUUUAGGGUGAUCGAUCAGCACGGUGUGAACGCAUUGUUUUGCGUGCCCACUGCGCUGCGCGUUAUAAGACGCGUUGAUCCUGACUUGUUGCUGGGUCGAAAAUACUCCAUGAAGCGCUUGAAGACCGUAUUCGUUGCUGGAGAAUUUUGCGACCACAAGACGAAAACGUGGGCAGAGGCAGCGUUCAAAGUGCCGAUUCUCAACAAUUGGUGGCAAUCGGAAACGGGACACCCUAUUACGGCAUUGUGUCUCGAUUACGGGCAUAAUCCUGGUUUACCGAAAUAUAGUACCGGUCUUCCGAUUCCCGGCUAUCACAUCGACGUACUACGAGAAAACGGCAGCGAGGCGGAAGCGCGUGAAUUGGGCAGGAUCGCCAUAAAAUUACCAUUACCGCCCGGCUGCAUAUCCACGCUCUACGAAGACGACGACAGAUUCGAGGAAAUAUACUUUUCCACGUAUCCAGGUUACUACGACACCAUGGAUGUUGGCUAUAAAGACGAAUUCGGCUACGUUUAUGUGAUGGCACGCGACGACGACGUUAUCAACGUUGCCGGCCACAGAUUAUCCACCUCCGCCCUCGAGGACGUCGUGUUGGCUCAUCCGGAUAUCGUAGACGCGGCGGUAGUCGGCGUUCCAGAUCCGACUAAAGGAGAAAUACCUUUGUGCCUUUAUAUAAUGAAAGAAGAAGCGAUAAGAAACGAAAAACAGAUUAACGAGGAAUUGGUGGCGCGAGUAAGAAACUUGAUCGGUCCCAUAGCAUCUUUUAAAACAGCUGCAGCCGUUAGAGCGUUACCUCGAACACGUUCGGGAAAAUUGAUUCGUAAAUCUAUCGCUAAUUUAGCUCGAUCCAAGCUAGCGAAGAUUUCAAGUACAGUGGAAGAUGCAUCGGUAUACGUCGAAAUCAAGGAAGUACUUCGGAAACUCGGUUACGCUAAAUUAGCACCGGAUCCUCAAUAAUAAGUGUAAUUAAGCUUUUACCAUUUUUAUUAUAAAUGUUUCAAUAAUCAUAUAUAAAAUGUAAUAAACCUACGUAUGGCAUAUAGUUGACACGCAUAGAAGAGCGUCUUGACAAAAUCACACGUGGAAAAACUCGAUUUGAUAAUUACUUUAGUCGAUUGCACUAAAAUUUUCGAGUUCGCCAUAACAGUAAAUAAACUCGAAAUUUCAGCAA